ACCGCGCGCGGGGCUCCCUCCCCGGCUCAGUCUCCUCCCCACGCGCCCCCUCUCCGCCGGGCUGGCCAGCGCCGCCGCGUCCCCGCCGCUGCCCCCCGCCCGCGCCCGCGCCCGCGCCCGAGCCGCCGCGUCGCCGCAGGCUGCCGCCUUGCCCCGAGCUCCCGGCGCGCUCGGCCCCGCUCGGCCCCGGCCCCGCGCGCGGACCAUGGAGUAGGUGGACGGCCCCGCGACGCGCUCCCGCAGCCCGCGAGGCCGGAGCAGCCCCGGUGGCCUCGCCCGCCGGCCGCGUUGGCCCGCGGCGGGUCCUCCUCCCGCCGGUCCUCCCCGCUCCUCCUCCUCGGCUGCCGCCGCCCCCGCCUCCCGGCCGCCCCCGCCGCCCCCGCCGCGCCGCCGCCCGAGGCCGAGCGCGGACGCCGAGCGUGGGAGCCAUGGAGCGCGAGGAGGACGGGGACCCCGAGCGCCGGGAGGCUGCGGCGCGGGCCGGCGGCGACAAGGAGGAGGAGGAGGAAGAGGAGGGACUGAGCGACAGCGACGACGAGGACGAAGACCGGGAGACCCGCGGCGGCCGCCAGGAGGAAGAAGAGGAGGCGGCGGCCGCCGGGCGGGAGCGCAGCGAGGACGCGCCGCCGCCGCCGCCGAGCGCGGAGCUGCCUCCAGCCGCCGUGCCCGCCGCGGCCGCCCGCGACCGGAGCGGCCGCCGCCCGCCGGGGCCCCAGCCGGGGCCGCUGCCCUGCCGCCCGAAGAGGAUGCCGUCGCCCGACGAGGAGGAGCGCGAGCGUCGCCGGAGCCGCCGGAGGGACCUUCUGCUGAGCCAGAUAGGCUUCCUGGCCCUGGUGGCGCUGCUGCUCUGGUCGCUGUCGAGCAUGCAGGACCACGACGACCUUGACUUCAUGGACCUCAUCGGGCAAGACAGACAGUGGACCGUGGGCAGGAAGUUAAUGCAGGUGAAUGACUCGCUGACUUCAGAAGAUGCAGAGCCGCGGAGCAGCAAGAACUGCACUGAACCAGCCCUGCAUGAGUUCCCCAAUGACAUCUUCACCAACGAGGACAGAAGACAGGGGGCAGUCGUCCUCCACGUGCUCUGUGCCAUGUACAUGUUCUAUGCGCUGGCGAUAGUGUGUGAUGACUUCUUUGUCCCCUCCUUGGAAAAGAUCUGUGAGCGCCUGCACCUCAGCGAGGAUGUGGCUGGGGCCACGUUCAUGGCAGCAGGCAGUUCAGCUCCAGAGCUGUUCACAUCGGUCAUAGGCGUCUUCAUCACCAAGGGUGACGUGGGAGUGGGGACCAUCGUGGGCUCCGCCGUGUUCAACAUCCUGUGCAUCAUCGGCGUCUGCGGGCUCUUCGCCGGGCAGGUUGUGGCUCUGUCCUCCUGGUGCCUGCUGAGGGACUCCAUUUACUACACGCUGUCCGUGGUCGCGCUCAUCGUGUUCAUUUAUGAUGAACAAGUUUCCUGGUGGGAGUCUUUGGUCCUCGUGCUGAUGUAUCUCAUCUACAUUGUCAUAAUGAAAUACAACGCCUGCAUACACCAGUGCUUCGAGAGGAGGACCAAGGGUGCAGGAAACAUGGUCAACGGCUUGGCCAACAACGCUGAAAUCGACGACAGCAGCAACUGCGACGCCACCGUGGUGCUACUCAAGAGAGCCAAUUUCCACCGCAAAGCGUCAGUGAUCAUGGUAGAUGAGCUGCUGUCAGCCUACCCACACCAGCUCUCUUUCUCUGAGGCUGGUCUUCGAAUCAUGAUCACCAGCCACUUUCCCCCCAAGACUCGACUCUCCAUGGCCAGUCGCAUGUUGAUCAAUGAGAGACAAAGACUGAUAAACAGCAGGGCUUAUGCCAAUGGGGAAUCCGAGGUGGCCAUCAAAAUCCCGAUUAAGCACACGGUGGAGAACGGGAUGGGGCCCAGCAGCGCCCUGGACAGAGGUGUGAACGGGACGCGGGGGGACGACGUUGUUGCUGAGGCUGGCAACGAGACGGAGAAUGAGAACGAGGACAACGAGAACGACGAGAACGAGGGCGAGGAGGACGAAGAGGAUGAGGAAGGGCCGUACACGCCGUUCGACCCCCCCUCUGGCAAACUGGAAACAGUGAAAUGGGCGUUCACCUGGCCCCUGAGCUUUGUCUUGUACUUCACUGUCCCCAACUGCAACAAGCCCCGCUGGGAGAAGUGGUUUAUGGUGACCUUCGCUUCCUCCACGCUGUGGAUCGCAGCCUUCUCCUACAUGAUGGUGUGGAUGGUCACGAUCAUCGGGUACACGCUGGGGAUUCCUGACGUCAUCAUGGGGAUCACCUUCCUGGCAGCCGGAACCAGCGUGCCCGACUGCAUGGCCAGCCUCAUUGUGGCCAGACAAGGCAUGGGGGAUAUGGCCGUGUCCAACUCCAUCGGGAGCAAUGUUUUUGACAUUCUCAUUGGCCUCGGGCUCCCCUGGGCCCUGCAGACCCUGGCUGUGGAUUACGGAUCCUACGGUACAGUCACGGAAGGUUAAAUGAAAACCAUUGAAAAACAAAACUCAGAGCUCAUCCUGGAGGUAAACCAACCCCUCUUACCAGCUGUGAAAUCUUCCUGAUUGAACAUGAACUCCCAACUCCACAAGACACUUCGUCUGCCAUAAAUCAUGCCCUCUUUUCCUCUCCUGACAUUCUCCGAACACUCUUUAGAGAACAGAAAAUUAAACAUAAUUCUCAUAUCAGUAACACCCGCAGCCAUGAAAACACACCCUUUUCAGGUUCCAAACUCUAGUGACAGGGUGAUAUCAUGAACACAAAAAUUCAGGGCCUAUUAGAUGUCUGGCCCAAAUUCAUGUUUUCCAUCUGUGGAUGACAUAACUGGGUCAUCAGUCAGUCUGGUCAUUCUUCUGGAAUUGUACAAGGAGCACAUCAAAUUCUGUGGUUGAAGAUUGCCUUUAUUUUUGAAGUUGAGGGGGAAAUGCAGGAGAAGAAGCAGGCCACUUCUGGUUUAUAAGCAGCCGUGGCAGACAAGAGAGUGCUCUUGGGGGAAAACAUUUGGUUGAAAAGCCCAGAGAAAGAAGCAUUUAUCCAAAUGCUUCUCUUUCUGUAACCAGUGCCAGAGAGAUCUUCAUUCUAUUCCAGGGAUACCAGCGUCCAAUGUAGGCCUCUCUUUUGAAAGUAGAAAUUCAAUAAUCUAUAAACAGUUCAUGAGCCCCAGGGAAACCAAAGGAGAUUUCAUUUUGCAUAUGGUGUGAGGUAGGGAUCCGACUUCACUCUUUUGCAUGUGGCUAUAUAGUGGUUUCAGCAUCAUUUGUGGAAAAGGAGAUUACAUUUUGAACUUUUAAAAUUCUCUGGGGAAAAAAACCUAGUUAAUUUAUUUUUCAGUACUAUUCAAAACUUAGUAACUGUCAGGAAGCCCAUGAUUAUAUUGCAGUUAAAGCAUUGUAUUCUAGAAUCCAUGUUUAAUAAAUAGUGAUAAUCUUCACUGUCAGGAAAAGUUUUCAUCCUGAAGCAGAGCUAAAAUGUAAAUGGGCAAGAGGCAGGUAGAGGCAGCCAGGUGAGCUGAAUCAGGGGAGGGGCAGAGUAAUCAAACCACCCUCAGAUCCAAGUGGCAUUCUUUAAAAUGCUACUUUUUACUUAUUUUUCUGAGAUAGUUUCAUCUCUUUGAUUGAGAGGGCAUUCAGAGAGGGAGAAAAUCUCUAUGAGCAGACCCCCCGAGUCCUGCCCACACGCCUGACUCCUCUCAUCCCUCCAGGCACUGCCCCCAAGUACAGCCCAUGCUGAGCAUCACAUAAGCUCUUCCCCGCGUCCCUGUUGGCCCCCUCUCUUCCCUAUUUUGUCUGGCAGUUAUUUACCCGGAUCGGUUCCCUGUGGCUGGAGCCUGAGUGUAAAACCUUGUCCACUUCGCGUUUGCCAUCCACACGGCAGGACAUUUUACUUGUUUAAAUAGAGAAUACAUUUUACUUCCUCAAUUGCAGAGGCGAGCAAUCCUCGUACAUCAGUAGCUCCUGAGAGUGUUGCCGUAUUUCAGUCCAGUUAAAUAAUGUAUAUUCAUGGUGGUCAUUCGCAGUCAUCCAGACAAAAGUAAGAAUGAAAUAAUUUCAUCAGAAGCAGUCGAGGUGCUGGCAUGUAGGUAGACUUUAAUUUUCUGGGAAACUUUACUUGUGCAGGCUACCUCUUUGUCUAGUAAUGGUAGACCAAAACAGUGGCCCAAUUUGGCCCAACCAAGCUAUGUCUUUUGGUUUUCCUGUAAGUUAGGGAUCGAAGAAAAUUGUCCCCUGGAAACAGACCACCUCACAGAGCAGGGAAGGGCCGCCAGCAAGGACUCCCCUUGUCUCUCUCUCCAGUUCAUCCUUCGGGUACCAGCUUGGAUGUCCACUGUGACCUCCCAUACCUGAGUCAGAUGUCGCUGCUGUGUUUUUCACCAGCAGGUACCAUCAAGGCUGACUUUGCCCCUUUGUCUGAGCCUCCCGCAGAGGAGUGAUCUCCCUGAGGGCAGGGACUGUGCCCGUCUUACUCAUUUAUUGUUUCCUCUCUGCCUGGCACAGUGCCUGGCACUUAGAAUGUGCUCAAGAAAUAGUUGUUGGAGGGAUGGGUGGAUGGCUCCUGACUUUCCCAUCAGCACCACCUCACUUGGGGAGGAAGACACGUGAGCAGAGCAGAAGGGAGGAACAGGCUGACCUGAGAAAAGUGCAGGGGACAAACAGAGCAGCAAUGAGAAUAGCUUAACAUCCAUCGAGUCCCUACUAUGCGCCAGCAACUCCAGGGAGGCCAUGCACACAUGGGCUCAUCUAAUUCUGACAACAGCUAAGUAAGACAAGCAUCAGUGCGUAUCGUGCAUGUACUGUGUGCCGGGAACUUGGUGAGGAACUGGGAAUACAGAGUGAACAAGGCAGGCCAGCCCCUCCCCCUUAGACCGUGUGUCGGGUGGAGGGAGACAGACUCCAUGAGGGACAAACACGGGACUACUGACUUCAGAGGAGAAGCCCGUGGAGAUAGGUGGGCGUGUGAUAGUGAGGGGCGCCCGUCACUCUGAACCUGCUGCCCAGGGCGGUGGGCUCUGUGCUGAGCAGUGAGUGGCCAAAAAGAGUGGGGGAUUUGAGGGGCAGGGGGCGCCUUGUAACAAGAGGGUACCCCGGGCAGCUGUGUCUGAAAACAGAAGGAAGGCCAGGGCGCGGGGCGAGGCAGGCCAGGGUCAGGGAUUCACUGUAAGCCUAGUGCUGUGCUAGGCCUGCUUCUGCAGGUCAGGCACCCAGGGCCUCAGAGCUUAAAUCCCACAGCCGGAAAGAGGCAGAGAGAGGACAGUGAGGUUUCUUCUCUUCACACUGGGCCAGGGAGAACCAUGGCCAAAGCAAAUCGUGGCACAGAGGCCGCCGUUCCCGGCUGGCGCCCAGGAGCGUGAGGGUCGUCGCUGGGGCCCCUGGGUUUGAGUCUUUGCUGGGAGAGAGGACAGGGUCUGCUUAUUAAGGCUUCGGUGAGCACUUCAACUUCAUGUAAAGGGAGAAGGAGCCGGGAGGGAAGAGGACUCCUGACGCCCAGAUUUCACAGGCGUUGGUGCAGCUCAAAUCGCCACUGCCUGAGGCUGCAGUAAGUGAUGAGUCUAGAGCGGUUUCUAUCUGAGGAACUGCUCUGGAUCCUUCCAUGAAGAUGGUCCAUUUGUCCAGGCCCUGGGUCCCUCCGCCGCUUGCAUCAGGCCCUUGGGGGCCAGCCCCCGUGCCCAGGCACACUGUAGGGUCCCAACGUGUAACUUCAUGCCGAGAUGCAGGAGUUGCUUGGAAAGAUAGCUCCAGGUUCAUGGAAAAGCGCGUUUAGAGGCUUAUUGGCCAUGGGCGAUUUGGUCUUCCCUCAGGUCCGCCUCCAGCUUUUCCCGGGAGAGGGUGUCAUUUCCGAAAGGACACUCAGGGGCCUCCAUCUAUUAGCAGUUCAGUAACCACGUAGCUUUCUGACAUCUUUCUGUAGCUCUGACAUCGGCACCCAGCAGCCUGUGUGGGUUUAAUGGCCUCCUCACCCUAGCAGGUAACCUGCUACAAUUCUGAAGCAAUUUUCCCAUCUUGCCUAGAUGGAUUUCCAGGUCAUAAUUUUUGGAUAAUUACCACUGAGACAGCUGUUUUGUGCAAGGAUGAAGUUCAGGCAUCUGACAGCAAGGAACCAAGGCAGUUUUAUAGAUUUGGGGCAUUUCUUAGUACUUGUGUAUUGCUCAGAAGCCAGCUAGCUACCUAAGUGCCCCCAAUAAAAACUAUUUCUAAAAGUCAGUUUGGAAAAUGAGUACUUCUUGUCCCAUUUUGGUGACAAAGGUCUGUUCCGGCUGCUCCAACCGCACGAAGAAAGUCACCAGGCAGGCUCCGGGGCAGCCAGGGCAAAUCUGAUUUCUGAGCUGGGGCUUAGAAAUGUAAAAUAAAUCUAAGAAGCAAUGAACGGAGGCAGCAGAGGAUGUCUGUCUUUUUCUGUUUCCAAGCAAGAGCCCCCCUGAUUCCAGAAUCCACAGAGGUAAAAAGAAGUGAUCAGAAAUGUUCUCAUCCUUCUUCUGGUCAGACAUGAAUUGACUGCUUUCUGUGUGCCAAGCUGGUCGCCAUCGCUGGGGACACCUCAGUGAGCUGGACAGACACCGUCCUGUGCUCCUGGAGCCCCGGCCUCUGGGAGGAGAUGACCACACAGGCAAUUCCGAACCCAAGUGUGACGCAUGCUCUCCUGAGAGCUGGUCAUGCGGGAGUCAUGGCAGCAUGUGGCUGUGUGUGGCAGGGAUCAGGGCACCUGGAAUGCAUGUGAGGAAGUGACACUUAUUCUGAGAAUCUGAGAUUAUCAGAAACCAAGGAGAUAAAAGUGAGAGGCUUUUUCUAAACAGAAGGAACAGCUAGUAAAAGACCAAGACACUAGAAGGUUCUGUGCACGGAAGGACCCGAGGACAGCUCCUCUGCCUGGGGGCAGAGGGUGGGGGUGGGAGGCGGGGAGGCAGAGGGAUGAGUGGCAGGAAGCAACUAGAGCCCAGAGAGGCCACGUGGGCAAGGACGCUGAGAGCCGUGGCCAUGGAGACCAGGAAGGGGGUGGUGUGAUUGUCCUAUUAGGAAGAAGAUUCCAGCUACUGCGUGGGGAAAGGGUUGGAGCCACACAAGACAGAGGCCCAAGACCAGUUAUGAAGCAUUUGUAGGAAAGAGAAAAUAUGUGACCUGCGGAAGACAAGCCUGGGUAGGGGUGGAGGGGAGCAUAUCUAAGAGGCAGUGCCCAGGGUUCCAUUUAGGACAGAUUAGGUUUCAUGUGUCUGAGGGUCGUCCUGGUGGAGAUGUCAGGUAGGCAGUGGGAUAAAGGCGUCUGAAGUUCAGAGGCAAGGUCUCCAUUUGGCAGGCGAGAGCAUUAUUGUGGGUCUUCAAGCAUAAAGCUCUUACAAGAAAUAAGUGUAAAUAGAGAAGAGAGCCCGGAACCAUAUCCUGAUGUCAGGCAGGAAAAAACCAUCCAGCGAAGGAGGCUGAGGAGUGGUUCAGCCAGAAAGGGGGAGAACCGGGAGGAAGUGGGGCCCGAGAAUGUUUCCAGAAGGAGGGCGUGGCCAGGUGGAGGAAGGCUUUUCCCAAGGUCCUUCUUCCAAGGCCGGCUGUCUGCCAGCCAUCACCUCCUCCAGGAAGCUGCCUCUGCAGUCACGUGGGCGGCCAUCUCCCCUCCGCCUCUGAGAGCAGCACCGUGUCUGACUCAGCCGGCGCGCCCAUAACCCGCCAGUCGGUACCCGAUGCUUCUGCAUCUUCCUUCUCGCCUUCUUAGCGAGCAUCCCUGAAUCAGGCUCUUGGUACCUGCAUGCUGCUCCAGUUGCCGGACCAGUGUUUCCUUUUACUGAAAACGCUGCCCCAACCCCCAGGGGAAGAAGAGACUUACAGAGGUCUUCCCCACCCCACCCUUGGUUGGCACCUUGCACUUGACCUUGGCAGGAGUGUUGACACCAUGGACACCAGCAAACUCCAAAAAGCGCUGCCAGGGCCCGUCUAAACACAGGCCUGGAGGGGUAACUGGGGGAGCGCUGGGCGACGUGGCAAUGAAUGGUUCUUCUUGAGGCUGUUCUAACAAGACCCUGGGGGCUACCAUGACACCGCCCAGUCCCCUGAAGGUGAAUCUUGCCCUUUAGAUUUCAGGUGCUGGUUCAGGAAAAUGAGAUGAUACCUGGGGGAAGACAGGGUCUUGACCGGCCCCCCGGGAAAGGGCUGACCUGGGUCACCAAGGCCUGAAGCAGAUUCAGUCCCACCGUCUAUCAAAGUUCAGAUCCCCCAGAGACCACUGCAUCCUGAGACAAGGAUGGGGUGAGGCAUUUAUUCGGGGGUGGGGGGGAGGGAGGAGGAAAGCCCAGAAGGGAGCGGGGAGGUGUGACGGGAAGGCAGGCGGCAGCAGCUGGAGGGACAUUGGUGGGGCGGGUGGCGCUUCCGCAGUUCUGGGAGGAGCCCUCAGGUACAGGCGCCAGUACCGGCUCUGGGGAGUCAGCUGGCUCCACCGAAGUGGCAAGAGGAUGGGGGCAGCACGGGCAAGAGGAUGGGGCGGCCCCAGGCCUCUGCUGCACGGGCAUCUGUGGUUCUUGCUGUGUAUUCAGGACUCUUCCAGAAAGGAUGGGCGCCAAAGGCCCAGGUGCCACCUUGGAGAGUUCUUAGCAGGUGAAGAGAACUCUGGCUUUUCCCCUGUGCCCUGCAAGGUGCAGGGAAGAGUCUGGAAUUUACAGGCUUAAGGCCGACUCUGAGUGCAGGCUUGACCCCUUUCCAGCUUCGUGGCCGUGUGUGAUACUGGGAUUUAUGAUAAGAAACAUACAUUUACUCUUCGUUUCUAGCACGGGGCUCCUAAAACCCUCAGAAUUUCCUGAGGAGAGCUACAAAGGUAUCUUUUUUUCUGUUAAUGAGGUGACUUUAGGUCAGCACCUAAGGAUGAGGACUGCUUGGCAGGAGAACCAACCCUGUGAUUUGAGGGUUGGAACUUUUAGUCGCAACCCCCUGAAGUCUGGGGCAAAGAGAGGGGCUGGAGGUUCAAUCAGUCACCAGUGGCCGUUGAUUUAAUCAGUUGUGCCUCUAUAAUGAGGCCUCCGUAAAUGCCCAAAAAGGACAGGGUUCAGAGAGCUUCUGUGUUGGUGAACGCAUGGAGAUUCAGGGAGAGUGCCCCCCACCCCGAGAGGACCUGGGAGCCCCCAGCCCUUUCCCCACACCUUGCCCUGUGCCUCUCUUCCAUCUGAGUUAUAUCCUUUUAUAAUAAACCGGUGAUCUAGUAAGGUAAAUGUUUUCUCCAAGUUCUGUGAGCCCUCUAGCAAACUAGUAGAACCCAAGAAGAAGGUUCCUUCUUGGAACCCCCAUGGGGACCUCUAAUCUGUAACCCAGUCGUCAAAAGCACAGGUGACAACCUGGACUUACAGCCUGCAUCUCAAGUGGGGGGAGGCGGGUACAGCCUUGCAGAGCUGAGGCCUAACCUGUGGGAGCUGCUGCGGCUUCCAGGUAGGAAGUGGCAGGUUAAAGUGCAGGACACUCAGCUGGUGUCGCAGAAUUGCUUGGAUGUGUCGGGGAAACCCACACCCGCGCGCUGGUGAGCAGAAUCUUACCUCGGUUAAGAGCGUCACUGCCCUGAGCCUCAGCUCUCUCACCUUUACAGGGAGAACAAGCCACCUCGAGGAGUAGCUACUAGAAUUCAGUGCAAUCCUGUGUUUGUGUGUGUGCUCUGGAACGGAAGGGACUUGGGCACCAGCUGCCUUUAAUGUGCUGCUUUUCUGUCGGCUUGUUCACUUUCUGAUGUCAUUUAAUUGUUCAAGGAGAGAGGUUCCCGCCCUGUGAUGUUAUACAACAUAAAGUCACGGCUGGACACAUCCAUUUGGAACCAAAGCCCAAGCAAGUGUUCAAACUACCCAAGUCAGAGAAUGCAAAGGACACACCACAUGUGUUCCAAGUUAUAAACCAAAUUAGAGAAAAUCCAGGGGCUUCUUGUUUUUCUGAAAAGAAUUUGCUGGUUGGGUGGAGCUGACCUCAAAACAUACAGAGAUUUUAAACUGUAAUGUGGGGAGAGUCGGAGUCUUUGAGUCUUUUUUAGGUCCUCAAACAAAUGGUGUAGGAUUCAGGGAGCUGUUUUAUGAGCCACGUGCACAUGGGAAACUAGGGGUGUCAUGGUCUCUGCGUGCAUCCCUACUAAAAACCACACAUCCACGGAGCCUAAAUUCCUGUUGACUUGGGAACAAGCCAGCCUCCUGUUUCCUCUCCAACAACUGCCAAGAGGGAAUUGGGGAAUGAAAAUUCGUAGUUUUGAAGGCAAGAAAUAAAACAACGUUAAAUGUCAGAGCUGAGCAAUCCGAGUGUGUUGCCUGCUCUCAGAAGGGCAUUGCCAUGGGGACUCCCUGCCUUUGCACUUCCUGGGCUUCGCAUCUCUGAGGCAGGAGCAGGGAGAUGCCAGUUUAGGUCCACACUGUGCAGCUGGAGCUCCAAGUCUUUUCCAGAGGUUAGCAUCUUAGUUAACCCUAAGAUUGUCUGGCUUAGCAAGCCCCCAAGAAACUAGUUGUUCGGGAGGGUUAAGAUUUGCUGCCCUCAGGGAACCUUACUGGGGUAACGAAAAUGUUUUAUAUUCUCGUUGGGGUGUGGGUUACCUGGGUACACGCAUUGGUCAAAACUCAUCCAACAGUCCACUUGAGAUCUCUGCAUUUUACCAUAUGCAAGUUUGCCUCCACUGAGGGGGAAAAGGUAAUUUUGGUGCCCUCUGACUUUCUUGCUUAAAAAGAUCAGGCUUAAAGCCAACCUUCACCGUGGUCAGUUUCCCCACCCAGCUCUCCAGUCGUGCCCCUUGCCAUCCAGCCUCACUGCCUUACACAUAACACACACACACACACACACACACACACACAUACACUCUCUCUCUCUCUCUCUCUCUCUCUCUCUCUCUCUCUCUCUCUCGCAGCAUCACCAGCAGAUGCUCACUUAAACAUACAGUGUGUGGAGUUAGGGGGGCAGUUAGGUGCUGUGUGGAAUGACAGAAAACUCAAGACCCAGGCAUCUGCCCUUAGAGCACUGGGACUGGCUGGGGAGGGAAGAAGCCGGCCCCCCCGGGGAAAGUUAGGAGGAGAUCAGCAUCAGCUGGGGGAUAAAGCCAGCAGGGGCCCAGUGAACUUGGAAGAGGCAAAGGACCUAGGGAGGGAUGGGCAGAGAAGAAAUGGGAAGGAGGUGAGGGCCCCAUCUGACUCAACUGCAUGUUCCCAAAGAGGAUGGGCGUGGGGGGAGGCGGUGAAUUGCUCCAGUUGGGUAAGGGCUACCAGGGCUGCCAGCAUGUGAGCUGGUGCCUUUGAGGUCCCGGAGGAGUCCCGAGCUGUCUUUGUUCUCUUCAUUUUCCUGUCUCCACUGUCGGCCUCUUUUCAUUUUGCUUGUGUUAUAAAAUCAAUACACACCAAUAGCCCCAAACUAGAAGCAGCCCACCAAGAGGAGAAUAAUUAAACGAUCCGUCAUAUACGUACGCUGUUAAAAAAGAGCUGAGCAUAUUUGAAAGUUGCUGAGAGAGUAGAUCUUAAAAGUCCUCAUCACAGGAAAGAAAAAUGUUUGUAAUUAUGUAUGGGGACUGAUUGUGGGGACCAUUUCCCAGUAUAUACAAAUAUCAAGUCAUGAUCUUGUACACCUGAAACUAAUAUAAUGUUAGAUGUCCAUGAUACCUCAAUUAAAAAAUGAAGUGAGCUAUCGAUGCAAUGAAAAACAUGAAGGGAUACAUUAAAAAAUCGUAUGCUGAGUAAAAGGAUCCUGGCAGAAAAGAGUGCACACUGUGAGAUGCCAUUUAUAUGACAGGCUAAACCAACGUAUGAUGGAGAAGCUUAGAGCAGUGGCUACCCCUGGGUGAGACUGGCUGGGAGGGCAAAGGAGAGCUUUCUGGGGUGAUGGAAGUGCUCUACGUCACGGCUGGACUUUGGGGGACAUGGGUGUAUGCAUUUCUCAAAACACAUUGAAUGGUGCAGUUAUGAUUUGUGAAUUUCACCAUAUGGAAACAGCACCUAAAAGUAAGAGCUGUGAACUACUAGUGAACCCUGUGUAGUGAGAUGCAGGCUGAAGUGAUGGGGGUGACAUGUCCUAGCUUACUGUGAAGUUCAUUAAAAAAAUAAGAUGCUCUGAUUCUUUCAACUUUUCUGAACGCUUAAAAGCAUUCAUAAUAAAGUGUUGGGUGAAAAAAUAAAUAGCUAUACACACAUAAAAAAAGUGGGGAAGGGAGACAGGGAAUUGAGGGCAGGGAUUGCAUUGCUUCUGGAACAUUAUCCAGGGUCUCUCUGGCCAGUCCACCCUGCCCCACAGAAGCACUGGCCUUUUUGUAAACCACACGCAAAACGCCACUUCAAGGGCAUUCCUGAUCGUUCACUGAUUAUGUAGCAAGCACGUGGUCUGUGCCCAGCCCCGUGCCAGGCGGAGGAUGAAAUGCCGUCGUCCCUGCUCUCAUGGGGUUGGUCACCUACUGAGGCAUUGACCAGGGAGCUGCCAGGUGACGACCGUAUCAAAGUAGCAUCUGGGGGGCCAGGGAAGUGGGCCCAGGCAGAUCACGAGUGGAUGGAGAAUAAUGGCCCAGAUUUAUUGAGGACUUUAUACACCGGCUCCUAUUCAAGCUGAACAUGGAUUAAUCCAGUUAGUACUCAUAACCACUCCCUAAGGUGGGAACUGUAUCGUCCCCAUUUUACACAUCAGAAAACUGAGGUCUGGGGAAGUUAAGUCACUUGUCCAUGAUUAUAUAGCGAGUGGGUGACUGAGCAGGAAGCUGGGUCUGGAGCCCAUGCCCUAAACCAGGGGUCGGCACACUUUUUCCAGAAAGGGCCAGAGAGGAAAUACAUUAAGUGCUGUGGGCCAUACCGUCUCUGUCAGAACUGCUCGGUUCUGCCGUUGUAGCAUGAAAGCAGCCACAGACAAUGUGUCAAUGAAUAACCUGAGUUAGAAUAAAGUUUUAUUUAUAAAUGCAGGCGAUGGGCCACAACUGGCCCAUCACCUGCAUUUGCCAACCCCUGACUCCAACCACCGAUAGUCUCCAGUGGCUGGAGGUGUUCAUGCUGGCGCAGGGAACCCUAAUUCCUGACUGUCACGUCCAUGGGGAAGGGGGUUCAGUAAGGUAGCAAGGAACCGAUGCAGGCGUCGAGAGCCCAGGUCUCUGAUUAACAAUGAAAAAACAAAAAUACACCCCUGGGUGCGUGUGGCAGUCCAUUAGCCAAGAAAGCUGCAGAGAAAAAGGUGAAAAAGUGAAAAAUACUCAGAAACCCCACAAAAGUUGGUUGUCUUUAGUCUUUAGAGACGACUUACAAUUUCAGCAGCACUGUCCUUUGAGACUUUACGUGAAUGUAGACAGGGUGAAGUUCCAAAGCUUUGGUUGAACGUGAUUCCUUUUGAAAAGCCUUGGCCAAAGAGAACUGUCCUGCUUUGCCUUUUGCUCUCACUGGCUCUUAGUUUCUUAAGGGCAGGAAAUCACUUUACUCCAUCCUCGUUGCUGACAAGAAUUGGAGCCUGGGGCUCAUAGGGCGAGCUGGGCUGGGAAUGCAAUGGCCCCCUUCUUGGAAGAAUCCACACAGUGUUGAGAAUUAAGAGCUCAGAAGAGACUCUCUUUCAGUACAAGUCAUUUGUGCUGUACGCCUGGGUGCUGGCCUCUCUAUACUAACACAGCCGAUGAGAGGGGGAACUCUAUCCACAGCCUGGCUGAGGGUCUGCAGGAAGUUACGCCACCAGCUGGACUGAGAUGGGGCUGAUCUCCCAUUUGUCUGCGAUGGAUUCACCGGGUCAACCCGUUGCUUUAGUGGCAUGGAGAUAUGAUUGUGUCCAUUAGUCUUUGGGAGGCAUAUGGUAUGGGAAUAAUUUCCCAGCUGGGGUUCAGCAGAUGGUUGGCUCACAGGGAUUGUGUAGGCAGGGGAGAGUCCUGCCCAUUCCCUCCGACAGAACAUUGCUUAGUGACAUGUGUGAGGCUUCUGGGUCCCCACAGAAAGGGUUGGCUAUUUAGGGCAUGCAGUGUCCUGUCGCCAAAAGAUGAACUAACACACCCAUCUACAGAGACACCCACAGGUUACCAUACCCACACCUGGGGGUGAACUGGGGCAAGGGUGGCAAGAGGCACCUUGAACCUUGUCCAAACCACUCCUACUAAUAAUCACCACUUAGUUCUGUAAUGAAAUCAAUCAACCUGCCUCAUUUUCCUUUCUGUGAGCACAGGUGAGCAUUUGACUCCCAGCAGGACAGUGUACAUUGCUGGGGGUCGGGAGUAGUCCCCCAGCCUGGCUGCACAUAAGAGUUUCCAAGAGAACCGGGGAAAAAUGAAUGUCAAAGUCCCAUCCUCAGGAUGCUUGGAGGUCAGAAGUGGAUUGACCCUUAGGACUUUCUCUUAAACUGUCUCGUGCAUCCGAACUGUCUGGGGCGUCUAUUAAAAUACAGGUUGAUGAGCCCUGUCCCCAGAGUUUGCUGAUUUGGGAGGUCUGGGUGGGGCCUGAGAUUCUGCAUUUCUCACAAGCCUUCAGGUGAUGCUGCUGCUUCUGGUCAGGGGGGUGCUCUGUGAUCAUGGCUGCCCCGAGGCACCCCUCCUAUUUCCAGGCAGCCGGCCUCAGGACCCAGGACAAAGCACAAGGGGCAUCUUCUCGACACCAUGGAAGAAACUUUACCAUCUUUGUCGGCCCGGUUGGCCCCUUAAUACUCUCUAUCUGCUCUGUCCAGUACUGCAGCCACUACUCAUAUGUGGUUCUUCUAAUGUAAAUUUGAAUUAAUUAAAGGUAAGAUUAAAAUGUUUGUUCCUCUUUUGUUCGAGCCACUUUUCAAGUGCUCAAGAACCCCAUGUCCCUAACGGUUACCAUACUGGACAGCACAGACGUAGGACGUUUCCAUCAUUGCGGGAAGUUGUACUGGACAACGCUGUUCCCUAAGAAUUCCAGAAAUUGUUUUUUUUCUUCAAAGUUUGCCAGUUAACCCCACUGUAUUACUGUGAAAAACAAACAAAACAAAGUAUCAGAAAUGGAAUGUUAACUCUUUCCUCUUCUUUGCUUGGUCAAGAUAGCAGCCCUCACUCACCACUUCUCAUCAAGUUUGGGUGAAAGUCACAGACAUUGAAUGCAACAGAGAUAAAAAGUUUAGUAAUAUUUUUCAAAAUGUUGCUCCCGUGACCCAUGUUAUUAAAUUUACCCUAAAAGUUGUGUGUCGAGCAAGCUGGAGGUCACGUCCCCAGGAAAUAAGAAUUAGGCCACGCAGGAUGGAGAAUUCAAGUGGCCGAGGGGCAGUCAGUGGACACCUGCUGGAGGCCGAGAGGGAUCAGGCUGAGGAUGGACCAGACAAGGGUGCACCUUGGGUGUCCAGGAAAUCGCCCGUCUCUACUGCGGAGCUGCCGUUUGCUCUCCAUCCCUGGACUCACUGGUACUCACUGUCCUGCACUCCGCAGACAUGCUUUCAGGAGCCUGACUCCAUGUCAUCCUUUC